CAGGUAUUCUUCCGUGCGCUGGAGAAAGCUCAAACCGUACGUACCUAAAUAUACCGGUGAUUGAUUAUUGGCGUGACGCAACUGCCGGGUUAUCGUCGCCAAGGAAACUGGAGAAAAGCCAGCAUGAAUCCUUACAUAGUACCGUAGAAAAGAGUACAAUCGUGACGUCACCUUCGGGCAUGACGUAAUCCGCGGCAGAUCUUCACCCACUGAUGGUCACCAGGGAAACAUUGCCCUGGCCUGCUUGCAUUUCUUAGGUAAGGUGCUUCAAUACUUACCUUCACAGCUGCUUCUGGAUCAACAGUGGCACCCUUGAGCUGGAACUGAUGAUAUAGAAGGUGAAAAUUAUAGUUUAUGAUGUAGUAUGUUUAAAUCUUCAUACUAGGACUGUGGAUAAGAAGUUUUGGCGAUUUACUUGUAUUUCUACGCUUUGGGAAUGCUUUACGAUGAUGUUUGAGUAAUAAGGGGUUUAGGUUAUUAGUGUUUGGAUGGAGCCUUGUUAAGUGAAGUGCUGUGUUAAGUAACGACCAGCGACGGUCAGGUGAGGACAGGUGAGUCUGCCCCUCGUGUGUAAUGUGUAUGUUCUAGGGUGUUCUGUGGAUUUGUCGCCUUGUGUUGUCGUGGGUGGCCCGCCUGAUGUUGAGAUGAAAAAAUAUCCUCGAUCACAGACAUUCAGCUUGGUGAAGAAGACAGCUGGUGUUUUGUUUGUGCUGGAGGUUGGAGUGUUCGCUGGCCUCUAUUAUGUUUAUCAUCGCAUGAAUACUGAUCGAGAUUUCCGGUAUUAUAUGAGAAAUAACUACAGUGUAGGCCUUGAAGCUUUCUAUAGUGUUGGAGAAUUCAUGAACAGUCAGGACAGGACCAGAAAGUUUGACGAAGCAGUGUGGGCACAACAGUUUGGAUCUCAGUCUGGAAGCACAAAGGAAACAAAGCAGUGAAGCACAUACCAACCUGUCCUCUGUCACUUCUCAGCUCCCAGUGCAUUUUUCACUUUGUCCUGACAUUGUACUUGUCAGCAGGCAGGUGUGAGAGUAAGAGGGGAGGUAGAGAUCUAGAGGCAACCAUGUCUGCACUCAAGAGUAUGUAUUAUCUUGGAGGCUUUUCCCUGGCAGCCUAUGUGCUUUGGAAGGUCACAGUGAGGGACCCUGAAGAGUUCCGCAAGCUGCUCCCAGAGAAGAAUGAGCUGGACUAUGAGAAUGCAUCCAGAAAGCGGAGUGCAGCAUUUGUAGAAAUAUUGAAGCACUCAGCAGCAGGAGACAGCCCAGAAGAGGCUGUUAAGAAACUCAAGAAGGAUUUAGAGAAAGCUCCCAAGACCUCAUAAGAUUAUAAUAUUUAUAUACCCCAGACCUUAUCUUAACUUGUCCCAUAUUGAUUGUGUGAGGCAGUAAAACAACAAUAGAAUAUUAAAACUAAGAUGUAUAUUUAUGUACAUAAGUCAGAAUUGUAGUAGACUUAAAUGUUACUAGCUCUCAGGAAGGUGCUUUGUAAAUAUAGUGCAUAAGUAAUGUCCUGUUGAGAGUUAAACCAAUUCUGCUUUCUUGGAAGUUAUUGUUAUUGUAGAUUGCUUUGGUUAAUGGACAAGAAAAGCUGUUAGAAGCUGAUAAAAGAAUUUUCAAGAUUGAGGGAAAGUAAUAUUCAAGCCAGUAGGGUCAGCUUUGUGAGAUUCAAAAAGUGCAAAAGAAUAUUGAAAAUCAUAUGUCAAAAAUUCCAUCAAAAUCAGAAAUUUUGCUCACUGGUUGGAGGGUGAACAAGACACACCCAUCUUAAGAAAGAAAUUCAGUUGAAUUGGGGUAUUGAAGCCUCUGCCAUGGAUGCCCCUACCAAUUCCAUCCACACUGGGGUUCUGGAGCGCAUGCAGCGACGGCAGGAAGAACGUGAAGAGCGGUUACGACAGCGGCAGUUGGAAAGGGAGGAGCAGACUGGGCUGAGUACUAGUGCUAUAGCAGACCACUUCCUGAAGGCCUUCCAAGGGAUGCGCACUGAACUGAAGGCAGAAGUGGAAGCAGCAGAGAGCGUUGCAGCAGAUGAGCUGACACAGUAUUUAGAUGGCUUGGUGAAGGGUGUGCAGGAGCUCCAGGACAUGCUAAAUGACUCUUCACGGCACUUGGCCUCCUUCCAGCAGAAAAAGGCACAGGAGGAGGUGGAUGAAGCCUCAGCACAUGUCCAAGCAGCUGUUGCCAACCUCCAGCCCACAAAGAAAUUUGGGUUUGGCCGCAAAAAAAUGGCUGCAAAAGGUGCUAUUCCUACCAAGAAGCCUGUGAACCAGGAUUCCACUGCAGAACCAAAAAAGACUGCCCUUGAUGAACUGGCUGAUCAGCAGUUCUUCGGCUUCAGGAAUGAAACUGGCCGUACGCUGACAGUUGAUCCUGAGGAGUUGAUCGGCCGCCAGUUGAACCUGCAUAACCUUGUUGAUUGUACUAUAAUUGCUCUGGGCAGCCCUAGUGCAAUACAGGCAGCCAGCCUGGACCGCUGCACUGUGUUGGUGGGUCCAGCAGCCCGCUCAGCAUUCAUCAAGGACUGCCACCACUGCACCUUUGUGUUGGCUGGUCAGCAGAUGCGGGUCCACAACACACUUGACUCAGAUCUUUACAUCCACGUGACUAGUGCUGCAAUUAUUGAAGGUUGUCAGAGGGUGCGGGUGGCCCCCUAUAAUCUGGCCUACCCAGACCUUGACCAGCACUACCUCACCAGUGGCCUUAACACCAACAUCAACCACUGGGACAAGUUAGAUGACUUCGAUUGGCUGAAUGAGAAUGAGGCAUCUCCUAACUGGUCCACUGUGCCUGAGGGUGAGCGCCGCUGUAACUGGCUGGCAUGAGGCUGUUAUAUGAAUUUAAUUUUUUCCUGUCUAAUUUCUAAGAUACACUACUGUGAUAAAAUUUUGUGCUGACUAGAUGUGUUAAGGUUAAUUGCAAUUUUUUUUUUUUUUUUUUUUUUUUUUUCCAAACUCA